AUGUCGCGGUGCCAAUCGGUCGCAAGACCGCUCGCCAGGCAGCUGCAGCAGCGAUCAGUGCAGCAAUGCCUCGCCAUCAGAUCUUUCAACACCACCUCGAGCCAGCUGAAUGCUGCCGCCAGCGCAGCGCCCGUCGCCGAACCCACCCCGCUCGACCUGGAUCCGAAUACCGUCCUACCCGAGUUCGAAGAUGCUCUCAUCAAGGCCGGCAAGAUGCCCGUCGGCUCCCGCCGUCGCCGAGUAGCGCUCCGCUCGAACCCCAACAGCCUCCCAUUUGAGCAACUUCCGUACCAAGCUUUCCAAGAAGCCCGCAAAAUUCUCGCCGCCGAUCGCGAACAGAAAGUAGCCAAGAUCAAGGAGGAGGUGGAGAAGAUUGCCCGCGUCGAGGCUGUCGAAGAUUCCCAGUUUAGAGGUGGUCCCAAGAUGAAGGCUACGAGGCUCGCCAGUUUGAGGAAAUAUGUCGAGGAACUCAAGAUCAAGGCUGAUGUUAAUGACCCAAUCGUCAAGAAGAGGUUCGAGGACGGACUUGGCGACAUGAACAAGCCCAUCUACCGAUACUACGCCGAGAAGAAGUGGCGUUCCUACGAUCAGAGGCUCAUCACCCAGCGUAUCUCACAAUUUCACAUCGUGCCAGAUAUUAUACCCAAGCUGGUGCCCACGGCCGACGUCCAGCUCUACUUCCGCAAGGCCAAGGUCGCUCCCGGCGAGAUCGUCGACUCCAUUGUGAGCGAGAACCCUCCCAGACUCCGAGUACAGCUCUUCAACCCGGGCGAGCGCCUCGUCACCGUCGUCGUAGUCGACCCCGACGUCCCCGACGUCGAGAACGACGCCUUCUUCAAGAGGUGCCACUACAUCGCCGCCAACAUCCCCCUGAGCCCCACGGACACCUCCCUACCCCUCUCCAAGAUCAAGGGCGACGACCAGCUCGCCCUCCCUUGGCUGCCGGCCGUCGCCCAGAAGGGCUCCCCCUACCACCGCAUGGCCAUCUUCCUCCUCGAGCAGCUGCCGGGCGAGCGGGUCGACGUCGCCAAGGUCAAGGAGCUCUACGCCAGCCGGGACAAGUUCUCGCUCAAGUCCUUCCAGAGCAAGUUCCGCGUCCGCCCCUUUGGCUUUAACAUGUUCCGCUCCGUCUGGGAUGAGAACACCGCCGCCGUCAUGGCCCGCCACGGCCUCCCCGGCGCCGACAUCGAGCUCCGCACAGCCCGCGUCCACUCCCUCAAGGGCCCCGUCAAGCUCAGGGGCUGGGAGGCCAAGCGCCAGGGCCCCAAGUACCGCCAACUCUGGAAGUACACGAAGCGCAUCCGCGGCCUGUCCAACGCCCGCGGCUGGACCAAGAGGAAGUAG